UUUGCGGCUCCAAAAGUCGGACGUGUUCGUGGUUAUUUAUUUUAUUUUUUUUAUAAAUGCCAAACACCUGCAAGCAGAAAAUACGUGUGCUGCAUUUGUUUAUAACUAUGACGGAGGAAAUAACCGGCAAUUGGAGCUAUUAUGUGUACAUAUCACUAACGUUGGUUCCAGUCUAUUUGGCAUUUCAGCUCAUUAAGUUUUUGGGCUGGCAGUUAUUUGUGAACAACUGAGCAAAUAGUCAAACACAAUCCAGCACCAGCUCCAGCAACAACGACAACAGAACAGACUGCACAGGCCAGCAGAGGAGUCAUAAUCACAAUUGAAAUUGGAAUUGCAGUUGGAAGACGAAAACUGAAAACCGAAACUGACUACCAACUACCAACGCUGCGAGUCAUCGAGCUGCCGCUGCAGUUCCAAAAAGACACGCUCACUGACAAGGACCUUUCCCGGGGAAACAAAAAA